UCUCCUCUUCUCCCUUCUCCUUAUUUUUUCUUGUCUUUUUUCUAGUCUUUUUUUGCCUUCCUACUAAUAAUACCUUUUUCCUCUUACUUACUGGACUUAAACUAACAAACUCUUUCCUUUCAUAAACUUCUUUUUCUCUCUUUUUUUUUUUAUAUAUCUGGUGACACUGCAACUUCCGUUUUGCUUUUGGUGUCUCAUUCAACUUUUGAAUUCUUUUGGUGUACUAAAGAAAACAAAAAGUUUCAAGAGGCAAAUAUUUGAAGCUGCAUGAUUUUGUGAGAUUAAAACUUCAGUUUUGUAGAAACUAUCAUUAUUAUUUCAGCUACUUCUAGGAUGGACACCCAUAAUGGCAAUAAUGGAGCUCCUGAUUGGAUUUGUCUCCCCCUCAUGAAAUGACCCUUUUGCCCUUUCCAAUUUCAACAAUGGCAAGAAUCCAAAAACUCCACUCCCUCCAAAUUCUUGCCACUUUCUUGUUUUUUGUUUUGUUUUUUCAGCCAUCCAAGUCCUUAACUGCUGAAACUCAGGCCCUUUUACAUUUCAAAGAGCAGCUCAAUGACCCUUUGAAUUACUUGGAUUCUUGGAAAGACUCAGAAACUCCUUGUAAAUUCAAUGGAAUUACUUGUGAUCAAAAGACUGGUCUUGUUACUGAAAUUUCCCUUGAUAAUAAGUCCAUUUCUGGGGUGAUUUCCCCUUCAAUUUUUUCACUCAAAAGCCUCACUUCUUUGGUACUACCUUCAAAUUCUUUAUCAGGGAACCUUCCAAGUGAAAUAACCAACUGCACCAAUCUCAAAAUCUUGAAUGUCACUGGAAAUAACAUGAAUGGAACCAUACCUGAUUUAUCUAAGUUGACUAACUUAGAAGUUUUGGACUUGUCUAUAAACUACUUUUCAGGAAAGUUUCCAUCUUGGGUUGGAAAUUUGACUAGUUUGGUUGCAUUAGGCCUAGGGGAUAAUGACUUUGUUGAAGGUAAAACUCCUGAGAUUCUUGGGAAUUUAAAGAAAGUAUAUUGGCUUUACUUGGCUGGCUCAAACUUGAUAGGAGAAAUCCCAGAAUCCAUUUUCGAAAUGGAGGCACUAGGAACUUUGGAUAUUUCAAGAAAUCAGAUUUCUGGGAAUUUCCCUAAGUCUAUAAACAAGCUGAAAAAUUUAUGGAAAAUUGAGCUGUUUCAAAAUAAGUUGACAGGUGAACUUCCUGUAGAACUUGCAGACCUCUCUCUUUUGCAGGAAUUUGAUAUUUCUAGCAACCAGAUGUACGGGGCGCUGCCUCGGGGAAUCGGGAACCUGAAAAAGUUAACAGUGUUUCAAAUAUUCAAGAAUAACUUCUCUGGUGAAAUUCCUCCUGGUUUUGGAGAAAUGCAGCAUCUUAACGCCUUUUCUGUGUACAGGAACAGUUUUUCUGGGGCAUUUCCAGCAAAUCUUGGUCGGUUUUCGCCCCUGAAUAGCAUAGACAUAUCUGAAAACAAAUUUACUGGUGCAUUCCCAAAAUACUUGUGCCAAAAUGGGAACUUGCAGUUUUUGCUAGCUAUCGAAAACAGUUUCUCGGGGGAUUUUCCAAGUACUUAUUCCUCUUGUAAGCCUUUACAGAGAUUGAGGGUCAGUAAUAAUCAACUUUCUGGGAAAAUACCUGAUGUUGUAUGGGGACUUCCAAAUGUGUUGAUGCUGGAUUUCAGUAAUAAUAAGUUCAGUGGAGCUAUAUCUCCUGAUAUCGGGACUGCUACUAGCUUGAAUCAGUUACUGUUAUCAAAUAACAGAUUUUCAGGUGAGCUUCCAAAAGAAGUUGGGAAACUCACACUAUUGGAAAGGCUGUACUUAGAUAACAAUGAACUCUCCGGCGCAAUACCUUCUGAGCUUGGUAAACUGAAGCAACUUUCAUCUUUGCAUUUGGAGAAGAACUCAUUCUCAGGGACAAUCCCAUCAGAAUUGGGUGAAUUUCCUAGGCUUGCAGACCUGAAUCUUGCUUCAAAUCUUCUUACAGGUAGCAUUCCCAAUUCUUUAUCGACAAUGACAUCUUUGAACUCUUUGAAUCUUUCACACAACAGACUCACUGGUAAAAUACCGACUAGCUUGGACAAUCUGAAGCUGUCGUCGUUGGAUCUCUCUAACAACCAGCUAUCAGGAGAAGUUUUAUUGGAUCUUUUAACAAUGGGAGGAGAUAAGGCAUUUGCUGAUAACAAGGGACUUUGUGUUGACGAAAGCAUCAAAUUCUCAAUGAACUCGGGCUUGGGGGGUUGUGGUGGAAGGGCUGCUCAACACAAGUUAAACAAACUAGUUGUAUUUUGCAUUGUGUUGCUUUCGUUAGCUGUUCUAAUGGGCGGUUUAUUGCUCGUCAGUUACCUAAACUACAAGCAUAGUCAUGAAGCAGAUCCUGAAGAACAACUGGAGGAAGCCAAGGGAACAAAUCCAAAAUGGAAGCUAGAGAACUUCCACCAUGUGGAAUUUGAUGCAGAUGAUGUUUGUGGUUUCGACGAGGACAAUUUGAUUGGGAGUGGAGGUACAGGAAAAGUUUAUCGGUUAGACUUGAAGAAAGGAUGUGGAACGGUAGCUGUGAAACAGCUGUGGAAAGGGAAUGGUGUGAAAGUUUUGACAAGGGAAAUGGAAAUUUUGGGGAAAAUCAGGCACAGAAAUAUAGUAAAGUUGUAUGCAAGUCUAAUGAAAGAAGGUUCAAAUUUCUUGGUUUUCGAGUACAUGCCAAAUGGUAAUCUUUUCGAGGCACUACACCGAGAGAUCAAGGCUGGGAAGCCGGAAUUAGAUUGGUACCAGAGAUAUAAAAUAGCACUCGGAGCUGCAAAAGGAAUUGCUUAUCUUCACCAUGAUUGUUGCCCUCCUAUUAUUCAUAGAGAUAUUAAAUCAACCAACAUUCUACUUGAUGAGGAUUAUGAAGCAAAAGUUUCAGAUUUCGGGGUUGCAAAAGUCUCAGAAAUUUCUUCUAGGGGAUCCGAGCUCAGUUGUUUUGCAGGCACUCAUGGUUACAUGGCUCCUGAAAUGGCAUAUACUCUCAGAGUAACAGAAAAGAGCGACAUUUAUAGCUUUGGCGUCGUGCUAUUGGAACUAGUAACGGGAAGAAAACCAAUAGAAGAUGCAUUUGGAGAAGGAAAAGACUUGGUUUACUGGACCUCAACUCAUUUAAAUGACAAGGAAAGCAUUGUGAAAGUUCUUGAUCAGAAGGUGGUUUCUGAACUUGUUCAGGAAGACAUGAUCAAAGUGUUGAGAAUCGCCACACUUUGUACGACGAAGCUUCCUAAUUUGCGCCCCAACAUGAAAGAAGUUGUCAAGUUGCUUGUUGAUGCUGAACCUUAAACAUUUAGAUCUUCAAGCAAAUCUGAGAAAAAGGGGCACAAUUUUUCUGAGGUCUAGUUUCCCUCUGUGGUUUUUUUCUCAUGUUGAUAGUUGUUAUGUAGUACUAUAAUUCUCAAGUUAGUUUUAGGUAUCUGAUAUAUAUAUAUAUACAAUUAUCCCAAUGUGAAAUGAUUUUCCACUUUCUUUGUGUAAAAGUUGAAUUGUGUAAAAUGAAAUGUUUCUUUUUUGUUGUGGCUGGAAAGUUGAGAGGUUCAAUUGA